AACAGUGGCCUCUGUGAUGAAUCUAUUUUAGUCGCCAAAUUGGUGUACCGAGUUAGUGGACAUGUUUCGGAAGAAAGUGCCUUCCAGCUUUUCGCCCGCAUGCCAACACCCCUUUUAUCUACUGAUUUUUCUUGUGCCUAACUACUCACCUUGGGAACAAUCGCUUUUCCGCAUGUAUAAAAUGGUACCUGUUGGUUCUCACUUUGUGCCAUUGAAUCGCAGCUAUGAGCCUCUGAGUGACUCUUCAUUACAGCGACUUCCAUGUUAGAGUAGAAUAGAGCAAUUUGGCCUUCGUGCAGGCGACGAAGUUCUCCCAAACACUUCAAUCAAAUAUGGGUUCUUCGGCCCAAAUAGAGGACGUCGUUGUGGUGGACAUUGAGAAGAAAGCUGAGGAACCUAAUGAAUGGUCUCAGUGGGUGCUCAAUGCUCCUGAGCCUCCCAGUCUGUGGCAUGAACUUGCAGGCUCAGUGAGCAACACCAUUUCACGGUAUCAAGGAAAGGCGUCUGGUCCCAGAAGCCAAUCCGGACCCAAAAUUAUGGUUUCAUUCCUGCAAGCCAUGUUUCCUGUUCUUGGCUGGGGUCGAAACUAUUCAGCCAUAAGCUUCAGGAAUGAUUUACUCGCAGGUCUCACUAUUGCAAGUCUCUGCAUUCCGCAGGGCAUUGGGUAUGCAACUUUAGCGAGGCUGGAUCCUGAAUAUGGCCUCUAUACCAGUGCGGUGCCGCCUCUUAUCUAUGCAAUGAUGGGAAGUUCAAGGGAGGUGGCAAUUGGACCGGUGGCCGUGGUUUCAUUGUUGUUGUCGUCAAUGAUUCAGAAACUAAUAGACCCUUCCACUGAUCCUUUGGGUUACACAAAGCUGGUUCUGACUGCCACUUUAUUUGCCGGCAUAUUCCAGGCUGCCUUCGGACUCUUGAGGUUGGGGUUCUUGCUGGAAUUUCUGUCGCAUGCUGCUAUAGUAGGAUUCACAGCGGGAGCGGCCAUUGUUAUUGGACUUCAACAGCUGAAGGGCCUUUUUGGGUUCCAACGCUUUACCAACAAAACCGACGUCGUCUCUGUCACCAUGUCUGUUCGCGAAUCUCUUGAUCAUCCUCUGCAGUGGAAUUACCUCAAUGUUGUGCUGGGAUGCUCGUUCCUCAUUUUGAUGCUCAUAUCCAGAUUUCUGGGUAAAAGGAACAGAAAACUAUUUUGGCUGCCAGCAAUCUCCCCUCUCGCAUCGGUUGUGCUAUCAACCCUCAUUGUUUUUCUCACCCGAGCUGAUAAACAUGGAGUUAAUAUUGUGAAACACGUAAAAGGAGGGCUGAAUCCAAGUUCCGUUCAUCUUUUAGAGCUGAACAGCCCCUAUAUUGGAGAAGUCGCCAAAAUCGGACUGGUUGCUUCUGUUAUUGCACUCACUGAAUCGGUUUCAGUCGGCCGAUCUUUUGCUUCCAUGAGAGGAUACCACAUUGAUGGAAACAAAGAAAUGGUGUCCAUCGGAUUCAUGAACAUUAUAGGGUCUUUCACAUCAUGCUACGUUGCAACUGGUUCGUUUUCGCGCACGGCGGUGAAUGUGGCGGCGGGAUGUGAAACUGCAGGGUCAAACAUCGUGAUGGCUAUUACGGUGGUUAUCUCGUUGCUAUGCUUCACGAAGCUCUUAUAUUUCACUCCAACGGCGAUUCUUGCCUCAAUCAUCAUUUCUGCUCUCCCAGGACUCGUAGACUUCAAUGAGGCUUACAGAAUAUGGAAGCUUGAUAAGCUUGAUUUUCUUGCUUGCGCCGGAGCCUUCUUUGGGGUCCUCUUCUCUUCCGUCGAGAUUGGCCUCCUGGUGGCCGUGGCGAUAUCCUUUACAAAUAUAAUAAUGAUCUCAAUUCGACCCGGCACAGAAACUCUCGGAAGACUCCCUGAAACAGACUGGUUCUGCGAUGUCCAUCAGUAUCCUAUGGCUGUUAAGACUGCUGGAGUCUUAAUAAUACGUGUCAAGUCUGCCUUGCUUUGCUUUGCUAAUGCCAACUUCGUUACAGAAAGGAUCAUGAAACUGAUCACAGACGAAGAAGAAGAAGAAGAAGCCAAUGAGAACGAGGGAGACACCAAAAGGACAAUUCAGCUCGUAAUCAUCGACGCCUCCAAUUUAAUGAACAUCGACACGUCAGGAAUUGCUUCUCUAGAGGAACUACACAAGAGUUUGGUUUCACAUGGGAAACAGGGAGUCUCUCAGUUAGCAAUCGCCAACCCCAGGUGGCAAGUGAUUCACAAGCUGAAGGCUGCUAACUUCGUCAGAACAAUCGGUGGAAGGGUCUUCUUGACUGUUGCGGAAGCUGUCGGGUGUAAACUGGAUCCAGUCUAAGGAUAUAUGUAUGGGGCAAACGGAACAAGAGCUUAGCUCCUUGACGACUUGGACUUGCAGUAGUCCCUUAAUUAGUUAAUAAUCUUGUGUGUAUGUUGUGGAGAAUAAGUUAUAUGGGGGCUUUGUAUUUGCACUAUAGUGGCGUGUCAUGUGUGCCUACUAGCAGAACUGCUUGAGAUGCGUAUGAAAUUUAUGCACUCGGGUGUUCCUCUUUA